UACUUCCAUACUAAUGUGGCAUUUAAGUUAUUAACACUAUCGUUUGCCGUUUAUGCAAACCAAAACUAUCGUUUCGUUUAUGCAAACCAAAACAAAUGCAUGGUGGAUAUAGUACUUAUGAUGAAUAAGAAGCAAAAAUAUACAUCGUAUUUUAUAUUUAAUUUUUCAAUAAUUAAUUAAAUAUACUUGUUAAAAAUACUAAAAAAGAAUUUAUUUUUCUUAUGUUUUUAAUGCAAAUACAGUAUAUGAAAUAUAAAAAACUUAAUUUUUGAACGGAAAAGCUUGGACAGUGGACCAUUUGGAUAGUAUGAAUGAAUGGCAAGUGGUAAAUGGCAGAGAGAUUUCAAUUUUCAAGUUCCAACCUCAAUAUUUGUGUCCGGCCCAUUAUUAUAUUUUUAACCGUUGCAUAUACAUCCAACUUGGAGAUUCGACAUUCGAGUUCUCUCCAUUUACUCCCAACAUUUUGCUUUUACUCUCUCCAAUAAGUGCAAAUAAGUUUGAGUAGAUAGGUUAAGUAUAUUAUAAAAAUAAAUAUUUUAUAAAAAUGAUUAUUAUAUUUUUAAAAUAUGUCCUUGGCAGAACUUAGUUAAAUCCAAAUAAUUGUUUGUUGUCCCAAUAAAGGAGAGGGAGCAAAGGGCAACGUUCAUUUUUGUUAUCUGUAUUGAAGUGAGGAGCAUCAAUGGCAGAGUACGAAGGUGAAGGUGUACCGAAGGAAACAGCACUGCAAGCAUUGAACACCAUAAUCCAGCUUCACUUCGAGAAGACGCUGGAGAAGAAGCGCGCCAUUGACCUCCAAAAGAAAGAGCUCCAGAAGCUCUUCCAGCUGCUCUUCAUUUUCCUCUCACUCGUCUUCUUGGCACUCUCUCAGUCACCGCAGCGCCUCCAAUGCCGCCACUGCUGGAUCCCCAUCACUCUCCUCUCCAUCGCACACCUCAUGUUCUACGUCUCCGUGGCACAGACCCUGAGGUGCAUCAAUGGAUUCAAGUACCAGAGGAGGUGCCACAAGCUCACACUUGGCUUGGCCACCGAGAAGCUCAGGGACAUGAAGCUAAGACUUGCCAACACUGACUUUGUUGCUGAGGAUGACUUUGAAAUUCACUACCAGGAACCACCUGACUCCUACUUUGGUAAGUUCAAGAGGAAUUGGGCUCUUCAUUUUGCCUUCUUGAUCUUCAUCUAUGGCUUCAUGGUCUCUGCCUCUGUCGUUCUUCUUUGCUUCUAGUUCACAUUUACUCAGUCAAAUUUUCUUGUUUAUGUAUCUCUUAUCUUUUCUUAAUAAAUUUGUGUCUUUUUAAUAUUUACCAAACAGGGGCCUAAAUACAUAAAGCUAUGUAAAUGUACACAAAAAGCAACUUUUUUUAUUUGAAUCAAGUUACAGCUGGAUGUAUGAAUUCAUUUGGAAAUUGGAACCCACAGCAUUAUUGGCUA